AUGCUACGCGUAGCUGCCUGCAAGGCUCUGCCUCGCAGCUUCGCAUCUUUCCCUCUUCUCUCAUCCUCUUUUUCUAGGUUUUCAUCACCUCUUACUAUCGCCGCGCACAGAGGAUAUGCUUCCUUCAACCGUGAAAAGCCUCAUAUGAAUAUAGGCACCAUAGGGCACGUUGACCAUGGAAAAACCACUCUCACUGCCGCCAUAACAAAGGUUCUCGCUGAGAAGGGUGGUGCCACCUUCACCGACUACGCUCAAAUUGACAAGGCUCCCGAGGAGAAAGCCCGCGGUAUCACUAUCAACUCCACUCACGUCGAGUACGAAACGGAAACGCGUCAUUAUGGCCAUAUAGACUGCCCUGGACAUGCGGAUUACAUCAAGAAUAUGAUCACUGGUGCUGCUCAAAUGGACGGCGCUAUCAUCGUGGUCUCUGCAACGGACGGGCAAAUGCCCCAGACUCGUGAACACUUACUGCUGGCUCGCCAAGUUGGAAUCAAUAAGCUCGUUGUCUUCAUCAACAAGAUUGAUAUGAUUUCGGAUCCGGAAAUGCUCGAGCUGGUGGAUAUGGAAAUGCGAGACCUUUUGUCGACAUACAAUUUCGACGGAGAGCACACGCCUAUUGUUAUGGGCUCUGCACUUGCCGCAUUGGAAGGAAGGAAUCCAGAAACGGGAGCCAACAAGGUUCAAGACCUGCUCAAAGCUUGCGAUGAAUGGCUUGACAUUCCUACCCGUGAUCUUGAAAAGCCUUUCCUCAUGCCUGUUGAAGAUGUCUUCUCCAUCUCCGGACGUGGGACUGUUGCUACCGGAAGAGUUGAACGCGGCACUGCAACCAAAGGUAGUGAAGUCGAGAUUCUCGGAAUGGGCGAGUCUUUCAAGACCACACUGACCGGCAUUGAAAUGUUCCACAAGGAGCUUGACCGAGCUGAAGCUGGUGACAACAUGGGUGCACUCCUUCGUGGUAUCAAGCGAGAACAAGUUCACCGGGGACAGGUUAUCAUCGCGCCUGGAUCGAUGAAAUCUAUCAAGAAGUUCAGGGCUCAGGUUUAUGUCUUAACUAAGGACGAAGGUGGUCGCUACACACCUUUCAUGGAGGGUUAUCGUCCCCAGCUAUACCUUCGUACCGCUGAUGUCACCGUCACCUUGAAGUUCGCCGACGGUACUCCCAGUGCUUCUGAAAAAAUGGCUAUGCCUGGUGAUAAUGUCGAAUUAGACUGUGAACUGGUUCAUGAUCUGGCUGUCGAAGUCGGCUCCCGAUUCACUCUCCGUGAGGCACACAAAAACAUCGGGACUGGUGUUGUCACUAAGAUUUUGGAAUAA